GAGAAAUGCAGAUCACAGAUUCUGUCCGGAAUUACUACACUCGGCACACCUAAUUAGCUUCUAGAAAUCCCGAGGCACACGAAGAUUAAGUCUUAGGGUUACCAGAGACAUUCUCUUUCACAUCAACACGCAGCUCAAAAUUUCCUUCGGUCUCAUAAUGGCAUGGAAAUUUGAGAUGGAAGAAGAUAAGGAGUCCGAUGCUAGUAAAACUGACUCUCUACGAUCCAAGAUCUCCAAAACCCCCACAAUAUUUUCAUUAUGUGCGACUUUUCUGCUCGCGAGCACGCUCAGUCUUGCUACCGCUAACUACUACUCUCUCUUUACACACUCAUUCCUUGCCGUCUCUUCACCACAAUUCCCCAGCACCGACAAAUUUCCUGAGCCGCAGUACUCCAACUGCGGAGACAGUCCUUCUGAAGCACGAAAACGCAACUGCUCCUUCGAUCUUCUCUCUUUCAGCUGGCAAACGCAAGAAUGUUUCGACUCGGAGGUCAUAAAUUCUUUUCUGGCACACCCCAGUCGACCUUGGGUUUAUUAUACAAGCCCAUCCGCCAACGAGACUGUGGCUCCAGAGGUGGUUGCCCAGGGUGAGACUGUGGCAUAUGUUACUUGGGAAUAUCAUGUCGUGCACUGCACGUAUAUGUGGAUGCAAAUGCACAGAGCGUAUGCUGAGAGAGGCUUCAUUGACUCGCAUGUGGACAGUUGGGCGCACACCCGUCAUUGCCAAGUGGUGAGCUUGGAGAAGAGCUUUACGCCAGAGACGGUCAAUGUUGAGGGGAAAUUGAGAUAUCCUGAGUGUCGGAGAGUCAAUGUGGGAAAGCCGAAGGACUGGCCGUCUGAUCAUGAAACUGCCUUUGCUACCAUGCCUCCUCACGUUUCAAGAUGAGAUUAGAGAUUUGGUACUCAUUCAGAGUUACUAGGUGGAGUUUGAUACUAUGGCUAUCAAGAGGGAAGUCUAUAUUGAAAUGAAUGUAUUGCAUUGUGUUGUGUUUCCAA